UUCCAACCCAUGUUUUGCCAUCACAUAUAUUGUAGAUUUGCUAACUCAAACCGCCGUCGGUGACUGCUAUUAUUGCUCCCCGGCCGAGUGACGGGAAAGCAAAGAACGGAGCUAAGCUAGCGAAAAUGGCCUACCUGAGCAUGGGAGAAUCACACCGAAGAAUCACUGACUACCUCAAUAGGUUCGCCGACGCUAUCAACUACCAGGACGGAGAUUCUCUGGCUCGGCUAUUCUCCGUCUCGUCCGACUCCCCCUUUCUCCUCUCGCUCGCUGACGCUCUCAACGUCUUCCAGGAUGCUAAUAGACUGAUAAAGCAAUCGGAGAAAUUCUCGCAAUUUGGGGAAGUAGUAGCUCCGUUCUUUCGUUCACUGCAAAGCUAUCGACUUGGCAACUUGGUCGAUGCUUACGGAGCAUUUGAGAAAGCUUCCAAUGCCUUUAUACAGGAGUUCCGGAACUGGGAAUCGGGUUGGGCGUUGGAGGCACUCUAUGUCAUUGCUUAUGAAAUACGGGUUCUUGCAGAGAGGGCAGAUAGGGAGCUGGCCUCGAAUGGGAAAUCACCGGAGAAAUUGAAAGGAGCGGGUUCAUUCCUCAUGAAAGUGUUCGGUGUUCUUGCUGGGAAAGGUCCGAAGCGUGUCGGAGCACUGUAUGUGACUUGUCAGUUGUUCAAAAUAUACUUUAAGCUUGGCACAGUUAAUCUAUGCCGUAGUGUGAUAAGAAGUAUAGAAACUGCCCGAAUAUUCGAUUUUGAGGAAUUUCCGACAAGGGAUAAGGUCACUUACAUGUACUACACUGGCCGUCUGGAAGUUCUCAAUGAAAAUUUUCCAGCAGCAGAUCAAAAGUUGUCCUAUGCCUUAACACAUUGCUGUCUCAGCAAAGAGGCCAAUAUAAGGAUGAUACUGAAAUAUUUGAUACCAGUGAAGCUUUCAAUAGGCAUUUUACCAAAGAAACAGCUCCUUGAAAACUAUGAUUUAGUUGAGUACAACAACAUUGUGGAAGCCCUAAAGAGGGGCGAUCUCCGACUGCUCCGAAGUGCUCUCCAAGAGAAUGAAGAUCAGUUUCUACGAUCAGGAGUUUAUCUUGUCCUAGAGAAACUAGAGCUUCAAGUUUAUCAAAGAUUACUAAAGAAAAUCUACAUCAUCCAAAAGCAAAAGGACCCUAGCAAAGCUCACCAAGUGAAGUUGGAAGUGAUUGUUAAAGCAUUAAAAUGGCUCGAGAUUGAAAUGGACUUGGAUGAGGUGGAGUGCAUAGUGGCAAUUUUGAUAUAUAAGAACCUUAUGAAAGGUUAUUUUGCCCACAAGAGCAAGGUUGUAGUGUUGAGCAAGCAAGACCCUUUUCCCAAAUUAAACGGGAAGCCGGUUGCUUCUUAGGGAUUAAAUGCCCUGUUUGGCGACAGUAGAAGGAUACGCUAAGUUCUGACCGUGUUACUAUAAGCAGCUUACUUCAGUUUAUCAUACUGAGAAUGUCGAGAAGACUUUAUAUAUGUUGUACGUUAUAAUUCAAAUUUGAUUUGCAGCCUUCUCUUGUUUACAAAAAUUUCAUUCCUAUUUUCGUAGCCUCCUGUUAACUAACCAUUGCUCUUCUUUUACAAUUUGAGAUAUGGCAAGCCAUUACAAAAUUCAAAGCUUACGACGUGGUAAUGUUGCGUGCCAGGAAUACAACAUGAGCUUGCUCAUUCAAGAAGGGGAAAGAAAAAAUCAGCAAACAUGGUUUAGUCCCAACUCCUGGCACGCAUGUGAAGGAAGCAAGGUGUGAUGCGAGAAACUCAGAGCUUCGAGCCUAGACGGAUUGAGUGGCCAUCUCCGAGAGAUAACAUGUAAAGAGCGAGACAGCAUCUUGCAGAUGGUUUGAACAAAGAGCUUCAGGGACGGGAGCCGUAAGAACUGUCUCAAAGCAGCUCAACUGGGCAUCCCGUGAUUCUCCCCAACUACUUAUCGAGAGCAGCAACUCGGAUAUCUCCUCGGCCAUCUUUGAGUAUGCAAUCCUGCACCGACAUCCACAGCCAUAAUAAAUAACAACCAUGAAUCCGUAAAAAAAAAUACGAGAUGAUCCCCUUAGCUCCCAUCUCAGACUGACCAAAGUUUACUGCUAAAUUGUUUCUUGCGCGAUUUAAGACACUACUUUUCAAAAUUGAAAGAGUUUUUAUGUUUCCUCUCAAUGAUUGAAAGCAAGUACAUUUCGUCUCAAACUCCAACGUCUCAAUGGUCAUUGACGAGAUGGUGAUCUUCGAAGUAAAUGCACAUUGCAUAUAGCACAUAUUAAUGUCAAAUAGGUCAAGCAUUCAUUGCAGAUUGAUUCUUUAAAAGGCAGAUAAAUUAUGGAUUAGAAUGUUGAGAAUGAAGUUGUACCUUGCAU